AGAUUAAAAGAGAAUCGAUAAUUCGCACCAUUAUUAUAUGUCGUGUAUAUAUAUGCAUAUAAUAUGUAGAUAUAUAUUCUUUUUCAAAUUAAUUAUUUACCCAUCUUAAACUGGUCAGCUAGUGAGAGAGCCCAUUUUCUGAGAUUUCUGUAUUUGAGCAGACAUUUCUGGUCCAACUUCAAUUCGGUGCAUUAUUUCUGUUAAAUCCGGGUUUUGGUGAGAUGGGAGUUGGUGCAGAGAAUGGAAAGGUGGAGUCUUGGGAUUUGUAUAAAUCAAAAGGAGGAAGGAAGAAGAAGAAGAAAGUUGAGGAAGCUGAGGAAGAUGAAGAAGAAACUGGGUGUUGGGUUAGGCUCAGGUUUAUUGGAAGCUGCAUUUCUUCAAGAUCCAAAGUUGAUAGCUCAAUCAGUGGCACAAGCACCCACUAUGAAAAGGCAAAUGAUACAAGCAGAGACCAACCAACAGCUGCAAUUGUCUCAUCCACAACCACUAGUAAUGCGGAGAGUAAUUCUUCAACAUCCAAACUCGAAGAGGAACUUAAAGUUGCUUCUCGACUCCGAAAGUUCACGUUUAAUGAUCUCAAGUUGGCAACUCGAAACUUUAGACCCGAGAGUCUUCUUGGCGAAGGUGGUUUUGGUUGCGUGUUCAAGGGGUGGAUUGAAGAAAAUGGAACUGCUCCGGUAAAACCAGGAACAGGGCUUACAGUUGCAGUUAAAACUCUCAACCACGAUGGGCUUCAGGGUCAUAAAGAAUGGCUGGCUGAGGUGAAUUUCCUUGGUGACCUUGUUCACCCCAACUUAGUUAAACUUAUAGGAUAUUGCAUUGAGGAUGAUCAAAGGCUGCUAGUCUAUGAGUUUAUGCCUCGAGGAAGCUUGGAGAACCAUCUCUUUAGGAGGUCCUUGCCUCUUCCAUGGUCUAUUAGGAUGAAAAUUGCAUUAGGUGCUGCUAAGGGUCUUGCCUUCCUCCAUGAGGAAGCAGAAAGACCUGUUAUAUAUCGCGACUUCAAAACCUCCAACAUCUUAUUGGAUGCAGAUUAUAAUGCCAAACUUUCUGAUUUUGGACUUGCCAAAGAUGGUCCUGAAGGUGAUAAAACCCACGUGUCAACUCGUGUCAUGGGAACUUAUGGUUAUGCAGCCCCAGAAUACGUAAUGACUGGACAUCUUACAUCAAGGAGUGAUGUCUAUAGUUUUGGCGUGGUCUUACUGGAAAUGUUGACUGGCAGAAGAUCGAUGGACAAAAACCGACCUAAUGGUGAACAUAACCUAGUAGAAUGGGCUCGGCCACAUCUAGGGGAGAGAAGAAAAUUCUACAAAUUGAUAGACCCUCGGCUCGAAGGCCACUUUUCAAUAAAGGGUGCUCAAAAAGCUGCACAGCUAGCAGCUCAUUGCCUUUGUAGGGAUCCGAAAGCCAGGCCCUUAAUGAGCGAAGUCGUUGAGGCCUUGAAGCCACUGCCGAACCUCAAGGACAUGGCAAGCUCUUCGUACUAUUUCCAGACGAUGCACGCAGACCGCGUCGCGUCCAGCCCCAAUGCGCGAAAUGGCGUCAGAACACAAGGAGGAUUGAUGUUGAGGAACGGGCAGCAGGUAAGGAGUCUUUCAAUACCAAAUGGUACCCAUGCUUCUCCAUAUCACCAUCAGUUUCCCCAGCAAUCGCCAAAACCUAAUGGCAAAGCGUAGGGUUGAGUUGGCAGCAAUCAUUUCUUUUCUUUUCUUUUUCUUUUUUUUUUUCUUUUUUUUUUUUUCCGCCCCUGUUCCUCGGUAUAGAUGUAUCUUCUGUUAAAGCAUUUGUUCUUGAACAACCGGAGAAAAAAAGGCAACAGAAAAACAAGUUUGCUUGAUGUUGUGUUUUAGAGUGAUGACGUAGAGAAUGUAAAGGGUGGGAGAGAAGCUUCUUGAGCAAAGUUUCUAUUAUGCCAUGUUGUUUGGAAGCAUUUAAAGAAAGAUUGUUACUCCCCACUUUUCCUUGUAUCAUUUUCCUCUUAUUCCUUGAUCAAUACAAGUCCUUGUUUCAUAUUCAA